AUGCCGCGUCGCCCUCGCCCUGCAUCUAGGAAUGCACCCAAAGCCAAAGCUUCGAGCCCAGUACUCCCUGUAGACGAGCCGGAGUUGAGCGACGAACAUAGCGAAGCUUCCGAAGAUGGUGAAGCAGAAGAUGCAGAUGCCCCGCGAGUUGUACAAUGGGAGGACGAAGCUGAGGGUACUUCCAGUGAGGAUGAAGAGGAUACUGCUCCACCAACACUAAAUUCACUUGAGCAAGACCUGUCUGCUCUCCCUCUGGGUGCCCUUGUCAAGGCACAGCGCGCCCUCAAGCAUGCGGAAGUCAGCGAAGAUGAAGACGAAAUGAGCUCAAGUGAUGAGGAGGAACCUGAUCUCGAGCCGUCUCAGAAGGGGAAGGGAAAAGAGCUUAAGCCCGAAUGGAGCACCAAACCCCGACAUGACAUUCCGAAACGGACCAGCAAGCAUGCACCAACAGAAGUAACGUCAAAACGACCUGUUACUCGACGACGGAUAGUGGUAGAAAGUGAUAAAAUUCAACCGCGCGAUCCUCGGUUCCUAUCUUUUGCGGGACAACUUGCCCCAGAAAAAUUCCAACAUAAUUAUGGAUUCCUUGCGGACUCACACAAAACUGAGCUCCAAACCUUGCGGGAGAAUCUCAAGUUAGCACGAAAGCGAGUGGCCUCAUCUCCAAGGGAUCUAAGGGAAGAACGGGAAGCCGAAGUUCAAAGACUUGAAAGAGCGGUCAAGCGUACAGAAAGCCUUGUCAAUCAAGAUCGCAAAGGAAAAAUCGACCGGGAUGCAUUAGCUGCGCUGCGGGAAACGGAAAAGGCCAAGCAGAAGGAUGGUAAAAAGGCGUGGUGGAUGAAAACAUCGGAGAAAAAAGAGGUUAUUAUGCGAGCCCGAUACGAAGCACUUGCGUCUGAGGGAGGGAGUCGGGCAGUGAAAAAAGCGAUAGAAAAGAAGCAGCGCAAAAUUGGACAAAAGGAAAAGAAAUCGCGGCCAUUCGGGAAGGGACUAAAGCGAGUGAGGAAUGACGAGGGAGUGGGCCGAAUAACCACCAUGUCUGCUAGUUGGGAGGACGACUCGGACAUCUUCAGAGGAGAACCUCCUCAGCGGUCGCCUUCGCCAACUCCCAGCAGCCAAUCUUCAGCCUCACGUUUUGGUCGCUUAGGUGCGAUUGCUGCUGUCGUGGAGCUUGCAAUCAGUCGUUGGGCAAAGAAUGAAUCCUCCAGUGAUUCAUCCAGCUCUUCUUCUUCAUCUCAUUCACGCAGAACCAAGUCGGUCUUCGAAAUCUCCAGUCGCAUUGCCCUCUUCCACGCUCGUGAACAUGUCCGUCAGAUACCCCGCCAUUUUGCUCUAUACCUCCCCCCUUCUCUCGCCCAUGGCGAGCCUAUUUGCCGUACCACCGACCUCUCUUCCAUCCUCACUCAACUACAUGCCAUGCUGCAAAAGCCUAGCACACGGCGUCGGCAACGUUUGGACUACAUGCUUCCAGACCAACUCCCUAAUAGACUUGGAGCACCCAGCCGUGCCGCCUCUUUCACCGAUCUCACCGGCCUAGCAAAGGGAAAACACAAAGAGGCAAACCGCCCCAUGCCUAAAGCUUGGUUCUUGGAGGUGUCUUCGCCCACUUGGGACGACUUAAGCGCGAUUGGCAAGCUCCUCCACCUCCACCCUCUCACGCUAGAAGACAUUUUAGUCAAGGACGACCGAGAGAAGGUCGAACACUUUGACAAAUUGGGCUACUAUUUUUUGUCGUUCAAGGCCAUCAAGAGCUGGGAUGCCCGAGAGAUGGAAGGAGACGAGGAUAGCCAAGGAUCCGUCGCCGAAAGCAACAUUUACCUCGUUGUCUUCAAAGAGGGCGUAUGCUGCUUCAGUUUUACCGAUGUCUCAGAACACACUGAUCGUGUCCGUAGCCGCCUCCUGCGCUUGGACUCUGCUGCAAAUAUGACUUCAGAUUGGAUUGCCCAUGGCAUAUUAGACUCUGUUGUCGAUUCGUUUUUCCCUUUCCUCGCCAACGGACUCGAGAAAGAAGUGAUGCUCAUAGAAAACAUCGUAUUCUCUGCUACGGAUUUCCCGGCGGUUACUUCUGAACCAUCGCACAGCGAGAAGUCCGAAGUUUCGGAGAAGAAUCCUCCGCUAGUUGAAUUGGAUGAAAAAUCGCUUGCUCGAUUGGAGAGGAUUCAUCUUCACCCUCAUCGUUCGUCCUUGAUGGUGAAUUUACGAUUUCCAAAUCUUCGAUGGCGCUGGUGGUCCCGUCCUCCGAAGAGUCGGAUCAAGCCAAACACAUCGACUUUGCACCGUAUGGCGAGAGUUCGUCGGCUGGUCACUUCGUUGGCCCGCCUAUUAUCCGCCAAGGGCGAGGUGGUUGCACAACUGCGCAAGCGCCUUCUAACUCCGCCGCACGGUGGUUCCCCAACCAGCGAGAGCAUUGAAGUUGCAAUAUACUUUGGAGACGUGCAAGACCACAUCAUCACCCUCGAGACGAGCUUGGCCCACUAUGAGCGGAUGCUCAGCCAGUCUCAUCCGUUGUACAUCUCCCAGGUCAGGACAGCUGCCGCAACUUCGAAGGGCGGAACCGACAAGGCCCUUGUCUAUCUCACUGGCGUCAGUAUAGGCGUCUUGUGCAUCCAGACCAUUCAGGGGGUGUUUUCGAUUAAUGUGACUAUUCCACGGAAUGCUUUGAACGGACAUCGCUACAGUAUGUUUGCGAUUGUUCUCUGUUUGGACGUUCUUAUUCUAGCUGCAUUCGCUCAAUUGCUCUAUUAUUGGUGGGACAAGGCGAAGAAGAGGAAACCCGCGUCUCUUUGA